AUGCCUCCUCGUACUUUUUCAUUUUUCUCAGCCUCAGAGACUAUCAUAUAUCAAAAAGAUGCUACGAAUAAGCAUGAAUUUCUGAAUCAAUUUUUAAAUUUACACUUUCCAAAUUAUUCAAAAAAUUUAAGAAAGCACGUAUGGAAUUAUUUAAAGCGUGCUUGCACAAUUCAACUCAGAGAUUGCGAUAAAAACGUUUACACACAAUAUUAUAUUAGUCCUCCCUAUAAAUUUCACAAAAUUGAUUCAUCCGGCACCGAACAUUCAUAUUCAAUCGUUUACAAAUGCGAAGGAAGCUGCAAUUACAAAAUAAAAGUGACACUGUACCCAAAUCAAAUUCCAAAAAUCGAACCUCUCAGUGGUGAGCAUUCAUGCACACCAAAAGGUACAGUUUUUAGAGAUAUUGAAGAAGAAACAAAAAUUAGGGAUCUAAUGCAAAUUACACGUGAACACCAUUCAAUACAACCGUUAACUUCAGAAGCGCAAAUAUUAUCAUAUUUACUUUCUGAGGCAACAAAACUUGAAAGGCCUCCAAAAAUACCAGAAAAUUUACCACGCACAUUAUACAAAGAGUUUUAUCCACAUAAUUUGGUUAUUCCAGAUUUUGUGGAACAAAUUCUUUCAAUUACCAAACAAAAUUCCGAAAAUUUUCUAAAAUACAUCGCGUUUUACCCAGAACCAAUAAUAAUUUUCGGUUAUGAUCGUUCUGUCUCAAUUUGUCACUCAGCAACAAAAUUAUUCUUGGACGGUACCUUUAAAAUCGUCCCAAGACAGUUCGAUGACAAGGGUCAACUCCUUACAUUAAUGGUGCUUGACCAAACAACGAAUGAAUACAUUCCUGUUGUCCACAUUCUUAUGAAAUCUCGGACAGCAGAAGCGUAUACAACUGCAUUUUCCGCAUUAAUUUCAAUAAUUGGGUUCAACAAUUUCAAAACUGUUUACGUAGAUUUUGAAAUCGCACUUUACAAAUCCAUUAAAUUAUUUUGUCCAAACGCAAAGGUUACUGGCUGCUUAUUUCAUUAUCGCCAAGCAUUAAUUCGCAAAAUAAAAGAAUUAUACCCGAAACAAGAGAUACCAAAAGAGAUUUUUACACUUUACCAAAUUUAUUCCUCAUUACCUUUCGUCGAAAAAGACUCAUUUUAUCAAAUACUUAAAUUAAUCGAUGAGUCAUCCUCAGAAAUUGCAAAGCCGUUCGUAAAUUACUAUAAAAAAGUAUGGAAGAAAGAUUAUGAGUUCAUUAACCAAUUAGAUUCAGAGGAUGAUAUCUACACAAAUAAUGCUCUUGAAUCCUUCCAUUCUUUGCUUUCGAAAGAAUUAGAAAAUGCCCAUCCUAGCCUCGAAAUAAUGAUUGCAAUCUUAAUGAAAGUCGAUAAACACUUGUUGGAUAAACAAUUACUCAGUACAAAACCAGCAAAACAUCCUGUCAAUUAUACAAAGUCCACAGCAAAUAUUAAAAAAGCAAUUACAAAUUAUUUAUCCGAAACAAAUCGAAAUUCCAAGAAAAAUCAAAUCAAACUUAAAGAAUUUCAACAGUAUGGUAUCAUUACAUCUCGCUCAAGUUUGAUUUGGACUUAG